AUGGAGUUCAACAAGCUUCUGAGUGCAUCAGGAGGACCGAAUCAGAGACGAGAAGAGGAGGCUCGUGCCAGUGCUGGAGGCACGGAUGCCGGUGUCAGUGAUGACCUGGAUUUUGCACAAAUGUAUCUUACCUGUUUACCUGAGAGAUACAUGGAGGCAAAGUUUACGCUGACAGCAUAUCUGGCAUGCUGGCUAAUCUUGAAACUCUGUAAGGUAAGAGGCUGCUUGCAGAAGGCUGGAGGAGCAUUACUAGUUAACUUUAGAAAUGCAGGUCAUUCCUGCUCCCUCUCUGCUGAGUGGUCGUUUUUAAAGGCAUUUUUAAAAAGAAGGGAGGGUGCUGCUAUGCUUAAAAGGCCUUUAAACGGUUGCCUUUAAAUGUGGCAUGCUAAAUAACUGAAAAACAUCCAAGGAACACUGCCUUUGAUCUCCCUCUCACAGUGCUAAAUAAUAGCCGCUACCUAAACUUCUAACAUCUUUCCACAAUAGUUGAUUUCCUAUUGUAACUUUUUAUUAUGGUUUUUGCUGUAUAGAUUGUUGUAUUAUUGUAAAGUGUUGUGGUUUUACCCACUGUAAAUGAGGUAUAUAAAUACUUUAUAAACAGACAAACAAACAUGUAAUUCUCUACCAAACAGAUUAAUGAUUUUAGGGAUAUGAGAGAACAAGUGAAAAAAAUAGCUAUUCCUUGUAUUUUUCAACUUUAUCCUUGUACUUAUCUGGGGAGUCCUACAUAUGUCUACUCAGAUGUAAGUCCCAUUGAGUUCAAAGGGGCUUACUCCCAGAUAAGCAGUUAUAAGGAUUGUCACCUAAAUUGCUGACGGGCUUACAGAACACAUGAAUAUUGAAUACUGCAGAGAUUUCUGUUGACCUGGAAUGUGACAAUAUUAGGCCUGACUUUUAAAACCAGCUUGUAUAUAGUUUAGACAAUGUGAAGUCUUAAUAGCUCUGAUGUAACCUCUAAGAAACUAACCUCUAAAAUCUGUAGCAACAGAGGAAUAUUUAAAUAGUUAAAGGAAAGAAAGAGGUACUUUAACAUGUUAUUAAAAGUCUCCUCUGGGACAUUCUGAUAUUUGUGUUUUAGGGAAAACCUCAAAACACUGAAAUUCAGUAGAUAUGGAAAUAAUAACUCACAGCUGCAUAAAACUGUAUAUAGCAUAAUAUUUGAACUUCCGAACUUCCAUCCUUUCCCUUUUAACUUCCUUGCAAAAAAAGAAUGGGGAUGAACUCAAGAUAAGGGGGGAAGCUAGUUCUUCCGGAUACUUGCAGUGUUUGUUAGUCCUUUGAAAUGUGGUAACACCAACACCAUACAUUUAAAACACAUCCAUACCACUUUAACAGUCAUCACUUCCCCCAAAGAAUGCUGGGAACUGUAGUUUGCUCCUCACAGAGCAACAAUUCCCAGGACUCUUAAAAUACCAUGUUCUCAGGAUUCCUUGGGGAAGCCACGUGCUUUAAAUGUAAGUGCUUUAAAUGCAGCCACUGAUCCUGCAAUGUGGCCACAUCCUUAUGCACAGAAGUUGACCGUGCCCCAUGAACAGGCUAAACCCAUAAGAGAAGAGAAAGUCCACUGGGUAUGAUAAUGACAUUCUGUGACCAUCCAAGUGUCAGAAAAUGACAGAUGACAGCAUUUCUCAGAUUUAAUGAAACGCUACUGUCUUCCUAAGUGUGCUAAAUCUUCAGGGUCCUCCUGCAUCCCCAAUCACUUACAAUUUCAUUGGAAAGAUUACCACCUGGCUCCUGCACCUCCACCCACACUUUCUCCCAGCCUACGUCCAGCUCCUGCACCUGACCCAUGGUGCCAUCCCUCCCUGGCUUCUUCUGUCCUGCUCUCUUUCCGUGGCACUUCUUCAGCCUGAGGCACUGUCCACAGAGUAUGCCACACGACCAUGGAGUGCAGGGGAGAGGAGCAGCAGGACAGAUGGCACCAAGGUUAGAAGGCAAAGCAGGACAAAUGGAGCGGGAAGCUUAAAAAGUGUGCUGUACUCAACAGUGGUGAAAUUACCUGCUCUGGCACUGGGAGCAGCAUACAUCCGGGGGCGUGGCUAGCGCGUGUCCCAGGGGGCGUGGCACACCACCUGCAUGUCCCGGAUGGCACCCAGCGUGGACCGUGCCCCCGCCCCCGCCAUUGUCCACCAGUGGUACUCCUGCAGCUAUCAGAAAUUCAGACUCCUAGGGAGAUAGCCCUCACCGUGUAAAGGCCUAUUUCCAAUAAGAUAAGCUUUAUAUACAGGGUGAGUAUUUUAAAAGAGGCCCAGUGGAACAUGUGUACUCUGUAUCCACGGGGCCUCUUUUAAAGGAUCCACCCUGUACACUGGGUGCUUUCAGGUGAGGGUUUAUUGUGGGAUUGGUGCUCCCCAUGUAUGCAGGUUUUUUGCAGCAUCCACACAAAAUAAUCUGUAUCAAAAUGCAAGCCCAAGAAGGUUUUUUUAACAAAACAAAAGAAACUGUUGCCAGUGACCCUUUUGUGAUAACAGGGUGACCCAUUUGCACUAUAAAGCCCUUUUUCGGAAGCAUCUUGAGCCUUAGCUGUGUAUUGGGCCUGGGAUAGCUCACUUCGUAGAGCAUGAGACUCGUCAUCUCAGAAUGGUGGGUUCAAGCUCCACAUUGGGCAAAAGAUUUCUGCAUUGCAGGGGGGUUGGACUAGCUGACCCUCAUGGUCCCUGUCAACUCUUCAGUUCUACAGUUCUAUGAUUCUAUAGACCUGUUUCCAAUAAGAUCAGCAAAAUAUUUUGUAGCCUCCUUAGGAAGGGGAGCGGGGCAUACCCUAACCUAAUUUAGUAUUAGGGAGUGUUAUUAACCUAUAGUCUGAACACAACAUAACUUCUAUUUUAUCUCUCUCCCACCCCCUAAUUUCCUCCUACCCUAUAAGAUAAAGCCUAAGUGAGAAGCAAACCCUUGCAACGUGACUGCAGGCAUGUAUAGCUACGAAGACUAUACUGUCUAAUUAUGCCUAACACAAUGAACUUGCAUGAAGGGCCUUUGUUUACAGUCUCCAUCAUCAGACUAGAAUGAACAGAGCCAUUGAAGAAAAGAAAUGCAAAACCAGCUGCCUUUCGCAGCCUUCUGUUGUUCUCUUUUGGCAAAGAAACAGAGCCAAAUUUAUCCCAGGGGUGAUUCCACUGAAGUCAUCAGAAGGGAAAGUGCACCAUGGAUGAAUUGGGUGGGUGUUUGUAGAUGUUUGCUUUGCUGCUAGUUUCCUACCUCCCCCUUCCCCUGCCCCCUCCCUGGCCACCCUAACUUUUGCUAUUUGUCUUUCCUUUGCAGAGAGCUUUGGAGAAAAGAUGCUCAGCCUCUCAAAAGGUAGGAUUUCAUAUCAAUUAUAAAAUGCCACCAGAUGCUUCUUCAUUAACAAACUCCCAACCCAUUCUUGUGGACAACUAA